CCUCUCGCACACGUUUUGGUCAGUGUCGCCAUUGCACCUUUUUGCAUUUUUUCUACGGGCAAUUGUUUGUAAUUUUAAUGUUAAGUUUAUGAUUGAGAUAAAACUAAUAACGUAUUCCUAGCGUGUAAUUGAUUGUGUGAUAAAGUUUUAAUGAAUUUCUGUUAUAUAAGUGACAAUAUUUGAUAUGGCCGGAAAUGGAGACACGUCGUGGUGUUUUUCACAAGUUAAAGGAACGCUAGAAGAUGAUGUGACUGAAGCAGAUAUUGUUUCUUGCGUUGAAUUUAAUCAUGAUGGUGAACUAUUAGCCACUGGUGAUAAAGGGGGUCGAGUUGUUAUAUUCCAGAGAGAUUCCGUCUCAAAAACUUCAAUACCCCGUCGUGGUGAGUACAAUGUAUACUCAACAUUUCAAUCUCACGAACCCGAGUUUGAUUAUUUAAAAAGUUUGGAAAUUGAGGAGAAAAUUAAUAAAAUUAGAUGGCUCAGGAGAAAAAAUCAGGCACACUUUCUUCUGUCGACCAAUGAUAAAACUAUUAAAUUGUGGAAAGUGUCUGAACGUGAUAAGAGGAUAGAAGGUUAUAAUACUAAAGAGGAAAAUGGUCAAAUCCGAGACCCAACCUUUAUUACCUCUCUCCGAGUGCCAGUUAUUAAACCUAUGGAAUUAAUGGUUGAAGCAUCUCCCCGUAGAAUAUUUGCUAAUGCGCACACCUAUCAUAUAAAUUCAAUUUCUGUUAAUUCCGAUCAAGAAACCUAUUUAUCAGCAGAUGAUCUCCGAAUUAAUCUUUGGAAUCUGGAAAUUACAGAUCAAAGUUUUAACAUUGUGGACAUUAAGCCCACAAAUAUGGAGGAACUGACUGAGGUCAUUACGGCCGCAGAGUUUCAUCCGACCGAAUGUAAUCUUUUUGUUUAUUCCAGUAGUAAAGGCACAAUACGCCUUUGUGAUAUGAGGGCCAGCGCCUUAUGUGAUAGGCAUGCUAAAAUGUUUGAAGAGCCUGAAGAUCCAACAAAUAGAAGUUUUUUUAGUGAAAUAAUUAGUUCCAUAAGUGAUGUAAAGCUUAGUAAUUCAGGCAGGUAUAUGAUCUCUCGAGAUUAUCUCAGUGUUAAAGUAUGGGAUCUUCACAUGGAAACCAAACCUAUAGAAACUUACCCGGUACAUGAAUAUCUUCGUGCAAAACUGUGUUCAUUAUAUGAAAACGAUUGUAUUUUUGAUAAAUUUGAGUGCUGUUGGAAUGGCAAUGACUCUGCCAUAAUGACUGGUUCCUACAACAACUUUUUCCGUGUGUUUGAUCGUCAGACUAGACGAGAGGUGACUCUGGAGGCUUGCAGAGACAUUGCUAAGCCGAAGACAAUCCUUAAGCCUCGCAAGGUUGGAGUUGGUGGCAAGCGGAAGAAGGAUGAAAUCUCUGUUGAUUGUUUGGAUUUCAAUAAAAAAAUACUUCACACCGCUUGGCAUCCAACGGAGAAUAUAAUUGCAGUGGCUGCCACUAAUAACCUCUAUCUUUUCCAAGAUAAAUUCUAAUGUCUACUAAAUUGUCAUUUUGUUCCUAUUGCAACUGUUCUUUU